UUGUACGUCGGGACGCCUUGGAUCCUGUCAGCUGAUACCAAGAUGCGAUUAAGUUUUCGUCGAUGAGCUUUGAUGGUAUUUUAUUUGUGUAAUAUAUAACACCCGUAAAAUCCUACAGUUUCUUCUGAAUGAUACUUUUAUCCUUGGUGUAUCCUGUAUAAAAACAUUUUUAUAAGGUUAUUAGAGUUGGAUCUAUAAGGAUUUUGUACAAGCUUGAACGGUAUACAAAACAAGAAAACUAAGAUGUCGUUAAGCGCAGAUAUAUCCACGGCCCUUCACUUGCUCGAGCAUGUUCAAGAACGUGUAGAGGAUUGUGACGAUCCAAAAUUACAAAUGCAUACCACCCAAGAUCUCAAAUCAUUAAUUUCCUUAUUGGAAGAUCCCGUAUUUCGAAGUAUAGUCACCAUACAAGAUUCUUUGCUUGAAUUAAAUAGUCAACUAGGACAACAUCCGUCUAUUCUUCCUGGUGAUUUCGAUAUUAAUAUCAGCGGGCAGCUAGAGCUUUCGGUUCCAAACACUCCCGUGCAACCUUUAGGACCAAUUGCGUAUCAAGAUUUAUAUCCGGAUAGUAGCGAACUGGACGAUCAGAGAGUCCCAAUUGCUCCAUUGUUGCAUAGCAGCAGCGAAGACACCAGUGCACAGGUUACAAGUCCUAGUCUGGUUUCAGAAGUUAUGGGAAUGCCACCUAUAACGACCCCAACCUACGCCAAAGAGUUCAAAAAGGUGAUAGAGGCUGCAGCGAGAGGGCGUCAGAUAUGCACAGUGCAGCUAUACAAACCAGAAGGUACUAGUUUAGGAUUCAGUGUGGUUGGUCUCCGCAGUAAAGACAAGGGCGAGCUUGGUAUAUUUUUACAAGAAAUUCAACCGAAUGGUAUUGCAGGCUGCGAUGGUCGCUUGUUGGAAGGUGAUCAAAUAUUGGCAAUAGAUGGACAACCUUUAGACUCGAAUAUCUCCCACGAGCAAGCGAUCUCGAUCCUUCAGAAAGCUCGUGGUCUUGUCGAGUUGGUCGUAGCAAGAAGCACCCAAGACAUUGGGAAUUCUUUGCCGACGGAUGAAUUGUCCGGAGGUUCGAGUUCGACAGCGGCCGCAGCAGCUGGAGGAGUUGCAGCCGUCUGUACUGCGGGGAACAACGGCAAUAACAACAACAACAACAACAACAACAAUAACAAUAACAAUCAGAUUGGCUCGGACAAAGAUCAAUCGGUGUCAGUGUCGUCGAUUGUCACUCCAGCACCGACACCUAAAUCAAGUCAACCUGCUAGCAACACUUCUGCGGCAACACCAACACCGACACCAACACCUAUACCUACACCAACUUCUACACCGAUACCACCUGGCACCGUUCACGGAGGCCUCGUCAUCGAAAGGAGCCCUUCCGCUGUCAGUGACGCCUCUAAAAGUGGCCCUGACAUGGUGCUGAACACGGAAUGGGCGCAGGUAGAAGUGAUAAACCUUAUCAAUGAUGGCAGCGGUCUUGGAUUUGGGAUUAUCGGAGGCCGUAGCACAGGCGUCGUCGUCAAGACCAUCCUUCCAGGAGGCGUCGCCGAUCGCGAUAAUCGGCUCCAAAGUGGGGACCACAUACUCCAAAUCGGAGAUGUCAAUCUACGAGGAAUGGGAAGCGAACAAGUUGCAGCUGUUCUACGACAAUCAGGGACACACGUGCGCCUCGUUGUCGCAAGACCAGUUGAACCAACCUCACCGGAUUUCCAGGCCAUCGGAAGUCAUGCUCCAAUCGUACCAACGAAGAUCCUUGGUGAUCCGGACGAAUUGGAGAGAUACCUGGUCCACAGUGUACCUGAGACUUACAACAUACGACACGUACAACAGGGUGAUGCCAGUUACGACAACGGUUAUAUGUAUUCGCAGGAGUCCGACGCAAGAACCAGUCUCAUCAUGGAUGUGGUACCCAGACGCAACCCCAUACCAAUUGGAGCGAUGCCAGUUAUACCGACGGUACCGGUACAAAUUCCGGAACUACCGGUCCUCACCAUGGAUGCCAUUGAUGUUAAUUCACUGCCAGAAAUGGAGCGUUUCACCGUCGAGCUUAAGAAGGAUAUUUACGGCCUUGGGAUCACUAUAGCCGGCUACGUUUGCGAGAAGGAGGAACUUUCGGGGAUCUUUGUCAAGAGCAUAAGCGAGGGUAGCGCGGCAGACUUAAGUAAUAAGAUACAAAUAAACGAUAGGAUAGUCGAGGUGGAUGGUCAUUCUCUACAGGGUUAUUCGAAUCACGAGGCAGUUGAAGUUCUUAGAAGUACCGGGCAGAUCGUUGUUCUCUGCUUGGAAAGAUAUUUACGUGGACCAAAGUACGAACAACUUCAACAAGCGAUUGCUGCUAGCGAGCUGAGACUACCUCAGCCAAGUUCACCGUCGAUAACUAGCCUACCCAGUUUUCCGAUAAGCGCGGAUGGCGACACCACUACCGAGAUAGAGCCUGAAGGUGAAUCGCAUACUACCGUAGACAGUGCCGUACUUCAAGAAGCAGAUCGUGAAAUAAGUGUUACGGAUGAAUUCGACGAAGCUACCAACGUUGAAGCACUUUUGAGCGAUCCUUCGAGCGAACUCACACCACAAAUUCGUGCGGCCAUAAAAUCGAAAUGGCAAAAGAUCGUAGGCCCUGAUACCGAGAUAGUGGUAGCACAGUUGAAGAAAUUUGCUGAAGGUAGCGGUCUUGGGAUUAGUUUAGAAGGUACGGUGGAUGUUGAAAAUGGACAAGAAGUGAGGCCUCAUCAUUAUAUACGUUCGAUUCUACCUGAAGGACCUGUCGGUCAAAAUGGUACGUUGCGAUCGGGAGAUGAAUUGCUGGAGGUAAAUGGUUACCGUUUGCUCGGUAUAAAUCAUAUGGAAGUAGUUAGCGUUUUAAAAGAAUUGCCUAUACACGUUCGUAUGGUUUGCGGAAGGAAUGUAGCCUCGCAGGAUCCAUUGUGUCCUAUCGACACUGCUCAACAUCAGGCAGCUUUUCAGACUAGAAGUAUUCUCGGUGGAUCCCUUCAAAAUCUUUUACCAACAAUGGAUCGACUGGUAAAGGCGAAAUCUGACGGAUCCUUAGCUUCGACUACAACGACUGCAACAGUUACUGACGCUAGCUUGAACAAAAUGAAAUCACGAUCAUUGGAGCCGUUAACGGGUUUAGCUAUGUGGAGCUCAGAGCCGCAAAUCAUUGAGCUGGUUAAAGGAGAGAGGGGCCUUGGGUUCUCCAUUUUGGAUUAUCAGGAUCCAAUGAACCCCAACGAAACUGUGAUAGUAAUAAGAUCGCUCGUUCCUGGUGGUGUGGCACAAGUCGAUGGUCAACUUAUACCAGGUGAUCGGCUUCUGUUUGUGAACGAUAUCGCUUUAGAGAAUGCAACUCUCGACCAAGCUGUGCAGGCUCUGAAAGGUGCACCAAAAGGAACCGUACGCAUUGGAGUGGCCAAGCCGUUACCCAUACCAGAUAGUAUCGUACAGAGGGUGCCAGCGAUCUGUACGGUCCGACGCAGCAGAAGCUUUCCAAACGAGAGUGAAACGACUGAUCGUGCAGCCGAGCUAGAAGAUUUCCUAUCAUCGAGAUCGGGUAUGACAGACAUUUCAACCGGCGUGCAAGCUAUUGCCGAUAAAAAGGAAGAAGAUCAGAAUCGGAAACAACAACAACAACGUCGACGAUAUCAACGACAACGUUACGAAGAGGACCAAGAGGAGGAGAAAGGGAAGGAGGAGGAGGAGGAGGAGGAGGAGGAUGAAGAGGAGGAUCAUUGGAAAGACGCUUCACCGUUAACACCGAUUUGCAGUCCCACGAAAAUAAAACAAUUAAAGAAAGAAAAAGCAACGAUAUUAUCGAAGAACGAUGAAGAAAUCGACUCGUCGAAUAGAUUUUCUUCGGCCAAGGAUAAAAUUCUUUCGGAGGAGGAGGUAAUCACGCCAACGAUAGAGACAAUGUCGAUCGGUAUGGAUGGUAAAGAGAUUUAUGAGAUUCCAGACGUGAUAACGUGCGUAGAGCAAGCUGCUCCAAAGGUUAAAUUAAAGGAGAAAGAUAGUGAUAUUCGUAGAGGGGAUGAUAUUACGAAGAUAGAAAAAGAAAAGGGUAGGGAAGAAGAAACGGUAGGAAAAGUUAUCGUCGAUUUGUCUGACACGUCGACGUUAAGAAGAAAAAAAUCAGACGAAGAGAAAAGGAAAUGUCUUAAUAGGUACGAUAGUUUGGAUUCAAGGACACAAAGAGAAUCGACGGAAACAUUGGAUAAAUCCGAGGGCUCCUCCGAAAGGAUUUCGAAGAAAAGGGUGAGAAGCGAGAGGGAAGAUGAGGUUAGUGGUGUUAAAAGGAGAUCGAAGAGAAGAGAGACCGAGCGAGAUAGAAGAUCAAAAGACGGGGAAACGAGUAGGAGGAGAUCCAGAGAGGAGAGGAAGAGUCUGAAGGAACAGGAGUGCAUCGAGAGGGUCACUCAGUAUCUCAGGAAGCAUAGCUCGCUAACCGCAUUUAACGAGCCAGAGCCGGAGUACUCUUAUUCGACGUUCGACGAGGACAGUUCGUUGUUACGUAGUUUGGACGACGAGAGAAAGAAACGAAUGGAGUUAGAGGCCGCCGCUAAAAAAGAAAAAGAUGAAACAGAAGAAGAGAAGGAGGUUAAAUCGAAGGACGAUUUAAAGGAUACCAAGCUCGUAGAAUCAAAAGUUUAUGAAGAAAAGAAGAUAUCGGAGGAGGGUACGAUUAUAGAAUCCGAUCGUUUCAGAGAAGGAUUUAAAAGGAGUAAAGAUAACGUUAGGAUAAACGAUGAAUUAGAUGAAAUCAUAGUAGAUCCUAUGGAUAUUAGAAGAAGAAUAGAAUCCGACGUACUUGUCGAAUCUGAAACGGGGAGUUUGAGGAAAAGAAGAUCGUUGAAACCUUCGAUAUCGGAUACCGAAGUGGUCAAAGCGACUAAACGACCCAGUUCAUUGAGAAAAAGGAAAGGUACGGUUUCCAACGAAGCCUCGAAGGAAUCUCUUCUCGAGGAAUCGAAGAAGGAAGUUAGGAUAAGGGAAACGGUACAGGAAAUAUUCUUCGAGGAUAAUAGCGAUCAAUUGUCGACUUUAAUACCUGAAAUACAAUUGGUAAAAGCGAGGAUAAUUACAGCCGAGGAGGUUGCCACCGCAAGAUGUUUCGAGGCUACCGAUUUACGAAAAAUUCAAAUUUAUUCCCCUGCCGAAGUUGUUUUUAUUCGACAGGAUGAAGAUACUACUACGAUCGAUAAAGGAGAAACAUCGAGGAAAUCUUCUUCCCAAUUGCAAUUGCCGUUAUUAGGUAAAUCCGUUUCGGAAAAUACUUUAACAAGCGAGGAUAUGGACGAUAAUAAAGUUUCCGAGAGAAACAUCAAGCCAGAAAUUUUAUUGGACUUGUCGAAGGUAUCCGAAAUAGUGGACGAUACUAUAGUGACGGACAAAGAGAAAGAUAAUAAAGAUAAGAAGGUACUUAGUAGGACAGGUAGUGAAGGUUCAAAGAGAUCGUUCAUUGGUGCGAAAGGAAAAUUCUUUGAUGAAUGUGCUGUUAAGGUUAGUGCUCUAUCGUUGCCUAGUGAACCGGAACCGGAACUGACAGCUCUUCCAGAAGACGUUUUAGUGAUUCGAAAAGAUGAUAACGAAUUAGAAGGAAACAUAUUCAAGGAUUUCGAUGAUAAAGAAUCGAGCUUGGAAGAACGUGCAGACCGAGAGGAGAAAAGGAAGCAGCAAGAGCAACAACAACAACAACAACAACAACAACAACAGGAACAGAAACAACAACAGCAACAACAAUCAAAGAAAUCUUUGACCGAGGAAGACGUUAUCAAGGAGAAAAAGGAAGAGUUAGGUGGAGAAGUAGUAGAUUAUGAAAAAAUCCUCCGGCAGCAGGUGGAACGUCCGCUGCUGGGGGAGGAUGAAGAAGUUUUGAAGAAUCGUGAAGAAGAGGAUAAUUUGAUAACUCAAGCAACGGUUGUCCCGGUUGUCCCAAGAAAUUUCUUCAAAUCUGUACCGGAGAGUUGGAAACGCGAGGUCAACGAGGAAAGCUUCGAGGAUAUACAAAGAAACUUCAAGGAGACGCAAUAUUCACCGCGUGAGAAACGAGAAGUCGAGACACAGACGGUACAAGAGACCAAAAGUACUCAGUGUAGUCCGGAUCAAAGUUUAUCGAGUACCGCGGAGAUCUUCGAGACGGCUGGCAUUCACGUGGCAUUGAGAUUUUAUCAAAGUCCAAAGAGGGAAGUUCAAACACAAACCCAAGGUGAAAGUAAGAGUAUUCAAUGUUCGUUGGAUGAUUUAAUUUAUCGUGAAUUAUCGUUCGAUCCACGAUUACUCGUUGGUAAAACACUAGACAAUCUUGUUAGAUCCGAACGAAUUCAAAUUCAAGAGUCUAAGAGCGUUCAAUGUAUACCGGAAGAUAUCUCGAGUGAGCCAAAGCCAAAGCCGAUAGUGGAUAAUAAGAAAGAGGAUUCGUUAUUUGGUUCACGUAAAGAAGUAGAAGUUCAAACUUAUCAAGAAUCGAAAGCUGUUCAAUGUACCGACGAAGAGUUAUUACCUUACGAGCCUGAUCGUACUUUAGAUAGAUCAUCGAACAGAUCGGCUAGCUUAACAGCCACUCGAAAUACCGAAAGCUCGGCUUCCUCGCCGCGUAAACUUGCCACGGUUGUUUUCGUCGAGGGUAAAACUAUCAUGACGGUCACGCAAAGAGAUCACGAUGGUAACGUUGCCUGGUCUAAUCAUUGGGGCCCGGAACGACUCGUCGAAAUUUAUAGGGAACCCAAAACCAGCUUGGGACUUAGCAUAGUAGGUGGAAAGGUCGACUUGCACAAUGGUAGUUCCAGUAAGUCGCAGAACAUAUCUGGAAUAUUCAUAAAAAAUGUUUUGCCUAACAGUCCUGCUGGAAGAACUGGAGAGUUAAAGAUCGGUGAUAGAAUAAUCGAAGUGGACGGCGUGGAUCUACGGAAUAGUACGCACGAGCGAGCGGUCGAGGUCAUUCAAGCGGCCGGAAAUCCUGUCUGCCUCCUCGUCCAAUCUCUGGUGCAUCUGAGUACCGAGAACGAGAGCAAUUCUCAAGAUGGUAGAAGCAAAAAUCGUUUACCUGUAUCUGGUGUAGCUCCUGGGACACCUACAGCAUCAUUUCGACAAAAACCUUCACCGAUAUCACCGGUUAGAUCCAUCACGCCGGAAGUGAUACAGGGUGGUGUCGAAGACAGUGACAAAACUCCUUCGAGAGAUUUCAAAAGGCAGAGUAUAAGAAGUACAGAUGGCGCUGGUCCGAGUGCACGAAGAUCCUCCAUGAAAAAAUCGGUACGUAAAAAGGCGCCAUCGCCGCCAUCAAAUCCUGGAAUACUUCGAGAAGUUAGUGAAGAACGAGAGGAUCAUGGUCCACCGGUGCAAAAACCUCCUGCGAAAAAAUACUCCUCGGAGGAAAGUUCCGAAGAGGAGGACAUACGUGAAUUGGAGGGGAAUGUUUAUACGAAGGGUGGAAUGGAGAUAUCCAGAAAGAGUGCUGGCAAUGUAAAAAGAUCGAAAGCUGAGAUCGAUGCUGAUCCAGAAGAAGAGGACGAAUUUGGUUACACAAAUAUGAAGAUACAAAAGAAAUAUCACAAUCUGGGUCACAAGGUACUAAUGGUGAAGGUAGAAAAAGAACGUGGUAGUUUGGGUAUAUCUCUAGCUGGGCACAAGGACAGAAAUCGAAUGGCUGUCUUCAUUUGUGGCAUCAAUCCGAAUGGUUCUGCUCAUAAAGUUGGUGGACUUGCCGUUGGCGACGAAAUACUCGAAGUGAAUGGUAUGGUGUUGAAAGGAAGAUGUCACUUGAACGCAUCGGCAUUGAUAAAAUGUAUGGCCGGUUCAUUCUUUAAGAUAAUCGUUCUUCGAAAAACGCAAGGGUCGGAUGAUAUCGCAGUAAAACCAUUGGUCCAAUUUCCACCGAUCUUAGACGAGAGCGAACAAUUUAACGCAUAUAAAGGAGUCCGUGUUGUCCCAGUAAAAAAGGGACAAUACGGUCUUGGUAUAAUGAUCAUCGAGGGUAAACAUGCUGAGGUUGGUCAAGGAAUAUUCGUUUCGGACAUACAGGAAGGUAGUGCUGCUGAACAGGCCGGUUUGCAAGUCGGUGAUUUAAUCCUCGCUGUUAACAUGGAUUGUCUUCUCGGCUCGACGUAUGACGAGGCUACGAGUCUCUUGAAGAAGGCCGAGGGCGUCGUCAAGUUGACCGUUUGCAAUCCAAAUCAAAGUAAAAUUAGUCAGGACGGUAAGGAGAUAAAGCCUCCCGAGGCUGAAGUUAAACCAGUGGAAAAGAAAGAACCAGAAAAACCGAAAGAACCAGAGCCACCUCAGGAUCCAAAGGAUUGUAAGAUUCAAGUUGGAAAGGAUACUACUAUAGAGUUCCAAAAAGAAAAGGAUAAGGGAAUAGGUUUCACUAUAACAGGUGGAAGCGAUACACCAAUGAGCGGCGUAUUUAUCCUCGAAGUAUUUCCGGAUGGAGCAGCUGGUAAAGAUGGCCGAUUGCAAGCUGGGGAUCAAAUUCUUGAUAUAUGCCAAGAAAGUUUCAAAGCUAUCGAACAUGAGAAAGCUCAUGAGGCAGUAUUGAAAGUUACGGGAACAAUAAUUAUGGUGGUACAUAGAAGCGAUAAAUCUCCAGAAGAAGUUGAGGUCGAAUUACAAAAGAAAUCAGGCAAAGGAGCUGGUCUCUGUUUGACCGGAUUUAAGAGCGGCAAGGGUGCUUACGUAUCCGAUCUGUUACCUGGUGGUAGUGCUUUGGAAAGUGGCAAAAUUUGCAAAGGCGACCGAGUCGUUGCCAUUUGUGGACAGGACGUUCGUGAAGCACCAGUCGAGGAUAUCGCGGUUCACAUCAAAGUUUCCAAUCCAGUGCAACUCAAACUGGCUAGGUACAAGUCCGCUAAGCAAUGACAGGGUUCUGCGGGCGGAACUCUAAAAAUGUAUCAAAAAGAAACCAAAAGAAGAAUAAUUCACAGACAGCGUGGAUACUAGUGUGAUAUAAUAUAACAAAUAUGAUAAUAUAUCUAUUAUUAAAGCGUAAGCUAAUUAAUUUUAAUGACGAAUUUAACAAUAGGACUCGACGAAACGUGUCAUCUAGUAUAUGAACGAUUUCAUCUGCGAUUUUCUUUUUUUCCUUUUUCCAAAGGAACACUACAUAAUUAAAACAAUACAUUUAUACAAUAUUUAGAACAAUACGUAAUUUACAAUACAUAAUUACAAAAAAGAGAAGAAAAAAGAAAAGAAAAGAAAAAAGAAACGAGUAAAACCAAACGAGCAAACGAAAAAGAAAAUAAGUAAAAAGGAUGACAUAUAAACAUAAAAAUUACAGAGGGAACCAAAAGUCGUCGAAUCUUUCGACCGAUUUAAAAAGAAAAGAAAAUAAAAGAGAAAGAAAAAGAAAAAGAAAAAGAAAAUGAAAAAACAAAAACAAAACUAGUCGAUAAAGAAAAAAAUAAAUUAAAAUAAAUUAACAACCAAAAGGACGUGAGCUUUUUUUCAAAAGGCCUCGUCGACCUUGUAAAGAUUCCGUCUGCCGUGAUUUUUAAUCCGGCAAGUAGCCGAUACAUGAUUAAUAAAUACGUUAUUACUAUUACUAUUACUACUACUACUACUACUACCACUAUUAUUAAUUAUUAUUGCUAUUACUAUAUUACUAUUAUUAAUUAUGAAAUAUUAUAUAUGAAAUAUAUAUAUAUAUAUAUACAUACAUAGCGAGAAAGAGAGCAGAAGAAAAGAGUAUUUAUGCAAUCCUAGAGACUAACGUUGUAAUAGCUCCGAGUAUGACUCGCCUUUUAGUAUUACAAAUCGUAGAAAAUAAUUAUUACAAAAUAAUUAUUACAAAAAGAAAAAAAAAAAAAAGGAGAAGGAGAGGAAAAAGAAAGAAAGAAACGGAGAACGAAAGAGAAAGAGACAAACGUAGAAGAAAAUAAAGGAAAAUGAAAGAGAUUUUGCGCCACGAUUGGAACACAUCUAGUACCUGCAAUAAAAAAUACCACAAGAAGUAAUCGAAGUAAAAAAGAAAAAAAAAAUAAAUAAAUAAAUAAAAGAAAAGAAAAAAGAGAAGAAAAAGGAAGAACGAAAGAUCGAGAUCAAAGGAAACAUGUCGAAGACGUUAGGAACGAUCUAUGAUCUAUGAUUACGUAAGAGAAGAAAAGACUUCCGGGUUGAAAUAAGAAAGAAAGAAGAAAAAGAAAUAGAUUUCAAAAGAAAGAUAUGAUACCACGAAGGGAUAAAGAGGUUGCUUGUGUGUUAAUCAUGAGAAGGAAAAAAAGAUUAAACAGAUAGAAGGAAAAGGCAAGAAGAAGAAAAUGAAAGGAAAGGCAAACAAAAUGGAGAAGAUAAAAUAAUGACGAAUAAAAGAAAACAAAAGCAAAAGAAAAUAAAAAACAAAAAAAAAAGGAAUUUAAAAAAAAAAACAAAGUAUGAUAAAAGAGCGAGGAGAAAGUCUUAGUGAAAAAGAAGUGUCUAGUGACUUCUUUGUAUCAAGGAUUCUAGUCUUUUAUUUUCAAAACGAUCGCGAUAGAUAUGAAGCUAUUAUUACGACGAUCGAUACUGAUUAUUAUUAUUAUUAUUAUUACUAUUUAUUAUUAUUAUUAUUAUUAUUAUUAUCAUUGUUCUUAUUAUUACUGCUAUUAUUACUACUAUUACGAUUAUUAUAACGAUAAUGAUAAAAAAAAAAAAGAAAGAAAAAGGAAAAAGAAAAUAGAUCGUCGAGAUUUUCGACAUCUUUCUGAUGUGGUUCUAAUAUAUGAAAAAAAAAAAAAAAAAAAAAAAAAGAAAAAGAAAGAAAGAAAGGGACAGACAAAUAGACAGACAGACAGAGAGAUAAAAAAAAGAUGGCGAAAACAUCGACGUUCACAACAACGCUGUUCUGCUUCACUGUAAGGUCAAGUCCACACCAAAGCAACCGGCGAACUUUUCUCGCAAGUGUUCAGGCAUACGCAAGCGUUUCGACGCUCGACUCGAAUAAAAUAAAUAAAUAAUAAUAAUAAUAAGAAGAAGAAGAAGAAGAAAAUGAAGAAUAGUAGAGGAAGUGAGAUAAAAGAAAAGAACAAAAUAAGAAGAGAAAUAAAUCUAUUAAAGAAAAUAAUCGAACGCGCUCGUUGGAACGCUCACGUAGCGAACGAAGAUCUUUAGAAAAGUCGUCUCUGUAUUAUUUUCCUAGUCGUAGCGCGUAUUAUAUAUAGUUUUCUUAGAUUUUCGAACGAGAGAAAUAAAAUUAAACGAGACAAGAUUAAAGAAAGGAAAAGAUAAGAGGAGCGAACGGGGGAGAAAGAAAA